AUGACAAAAAGGACUUGUUAUAGAUGAAAAAAAUUGAAAAGCCACCAAAGUCUGUAUUUGAAAAUUGCUCUCCAAGCUUUAACUAUUUGAUGAUUGAGUCUAGGUCAAAUAUUGAAUAGCUGGUCAAUAGAAUUACUAACCCUCUUGGCACAACUAUAUUAUGUUUUUAUGAGCUCAUCUGGGUCAUAUAGCUCAUGCACCUAAAUAGAUCUCUAUACCCCAGCAGAAUACCAACCAGAAAAAUUAUUGUACAGAGCAUCUGUCUUAUACAGUAUAAGUCUGAUUAUGUACCUUAAAGCCAUAAACGGAGACUUGUCAUUUUCGUUUUUACUUUUCAAAAAAGCUAACAAGUACAAAUUAAUUUUGGAAGUUAAAAUGGAUGGCCGAUAAUGAUCUAAACUAUUUCAAGGGCUAUAUAAAUUACAAUUUGAAUUAUCUGAAAAUAAACUUUUAGUUGAAGAAAAUGGGAUUGUUCUUGACCAAAAUAGCGGAUAUCAGUGUAUUAUUGACGGUGCAUUGGUAGAUGCAGUUAAAGGCCAAGAGUUUUCAAUCUCAAUUAAGUUUAUAUCAAUUCAACAGUAG